CGAGGCCUGUGAGCAAAACUAACCUUUCGGUGGUAGAGGCUCGUCCCUGAGUAGUUCACCACCAUGCCGACUACUCUACCACCCAAAGAGAACGCUUUGUUUAAGCGAAUCUUGGUAAGACACAUGUAAAGCCACCGGUUUGUUAAUGUACCGAAAACCGGGACUCGUGACUUAGGUGUCUCGCUCCUCAAGCGCGCCUUGGGUUGUCGAUUUCAGGUUCCGUUUUAAACUCCUUUACGAUCAUGUUUUAAUUUGCAGAAAUGCUACGAGCACAAGCAGUACAAGAAUGGGCUCAAGUUUGCUAAGCAGAUCCUGUCAAAUCCAAAGUUCUCUGAACACGGAGGUGAGAAUAAAGUGUUUACAUGUGACGCGUUCCGUGCGAUCGAGCGGUAGAUACCGCCGGAACACCGGAAACUGAACAAUGUACCAUUUAAGCUCAAGUUUGAUACACCAAAACCGGCCAGCCCUGUUACCCUAUAGAGGGUCAUUUUUUAAACUCCCAGCACUUCUUUGACUCUCUUUUCAUUUAGAAACCUUGGCCAUGAAAGGGCUCACUCUAAACUGCCUUGGACGAAAGGAGGAAGCUUAUGAGUUUGUGAGGAGGGGUUUACGAAAUGACCUCAAGAGUCAUGUGUGUAUCCUUUGUACAUUAUUAUCAUACGAGUGUAAUUGACCCCACAAUAUCAUAUUGUGCAUAGCACAAAGUAACAUUUUUUUCUUUCUGUUUGUUUCUAUUGUUAAACUGUAAUGUGUGACAUUCUUUGUAAUUAUCGCCGACUGUGUUGUUUCCCUCAGUAGGUUAUUCAAGGUCUUCCACUGGGGCACCAGUGAUGUACUGUGUGCAUUUUUUGAAAUGUGUUUUAAAAUAUAGCCACUGUAUACAUAGUAACCUUAACUAUGACAUAUUUGGUCAAUAUAAUUAAGUCACUUGCAUUGCAUUUUAACCCUUUUCAAGAGAAUAGAAACUGUAACUACUUUCGCUUUCAUUACUUUUGGGGUGACCCAACAAAACUUGUCAUUUUGUGCAUGGACAAAAUGACAAUUUAAAUGUGCACGUAAAUCACUCACGUUUGUAGAAAGUCAAAGAAUAAAAAUGUUUAAAAAAAUGCUUAAAAAAUAGUCAAGACAGAAUGAAUCAUUUCUUUAACUGAUUUUUGGAUUUCAGCCAAUCAAAUGCAAGUGAGAAUAAAACAGUAAAAAACUCGAAAAAUUCACGAUUUGUUUUUGUUCUAAAUGAGUCGUAUAUUUAAGUCUAGUGGCAAACAUCUGUACUCUGCCAUAAUAAUAUCCAUGGUAACUUGAUGUGUGUGAAUGCUCUGAAAAGUCACUCUUCUUUGGAAAUUUUUUCAGGACUGGGCUUGUCCCACGUGUCACUUCAGAAGCAAACUUAUGUCUUCAUAAUUUUAUUUAAAGAUGUACAGUUUAUAUGCCUAAGUGCAACUUGUGGCAACACUACCAAUAUACCUGCAUGCCACAGAAAGUGGCAUGUUUUUCCAUCCAAUAACGGAUUUGUUAUUGGGCCUGUAAACAUGAUAGCCAUUUGUUGGUGAAAAAUGUAACUAGAAGCAGGAAUGUUAAAAAUUGUGGAAGCCAGAAACAUUAUCGGAUAAAUUCUAGGAUUUUUAGCCAGUUAGGUGAUCUUUCUCUCUCUCUCUCUCUUUUCUUGCUUUAUUCAAAUUUGAUCAUUGUUUUUUCUUUGAUCCAAAAUCCCAUGUGUAAAAACAACUUGGCUGCCUGGUGUAUUAAAGUUUGAAAGGAAUUUAGAUGCCAAGUUAUCAUGAUUGUUUAAUUUGCUUAAAACUCAUUGGCAUCUGAGAUGCCCUUUCACUUUACACAAAAUAACGUAGUACACACCUUGCUAGAGGUGAAGUAUGGUUGCACGUUAAAUCAUAUCCAAACAACUACACAGAAAAAGAACAACAAAAAAUGAAAACUUUAAGUCAAGUUUGUUCUCUUUUGGUUUCUUGUCUCAAAAUUUCACUUUCCCUGCUUGCAGGAAAACAAAAAUAAUUGAUGACUGAAAGUCUUGUGAAAACAAGACAACAUUUUUUUUGUUUUCAGGAAAUGUUUGGAAUACAGUAGUUCCUGCCUUUUUUACUCUGUAUUUUGUUUUCAUUUUGUUUUGCAUACUGUGGUUGGUGACCAGAAAUUUAUGUUGAUCCUUCUAAUGUCACCCUUUGAUGAAGAGUCUUGGAAUUCUUGGGUUAGAUGACUUUGUAGCUUUCCAACUUAGCCUGAUAUCAAGAUAGUGAAAGCAACUAGGUGUAGUACUAUUUUUUUUAUAGAUCUGAGCAGGUUCAAGAAGUAAGAAGUCUUUUUUUUUUUUUGUUACCAUGAAAUUUACAGUAAUUUAUUGUUAUUCAUGUGCCAACAUUUUUGAGUCAGAGUUUUAAAAUAUUAAUCCAGGGAGUGCCUGGAAUUUGGCAGAGAACCGAAUCAUAAUAUCUGAAGGUUCUGUGGAUUUCUGAAGUUGUCAUUUUUAACUGUUCCAAACCUUUCCUUUAACUAAACACAACCUUGUCUCAAGUGCAUGUUGUCCCUUCUAAAAUUAAAAAUGGGAAAGUUCAAUCAUUCACAUGGACUUUUCUUUUCUCUCAUUGACUCACAAUUACUCUACUUUGUACAUUCUUUGGAAAUGUAUUAGUUGAGGCUGUAGUAGCUUAGAUUUAGCUAAGUGUGUGGGAGUUUCGUCUGCAAGUGUGAAUUGGCAUGAGAUCCUAGUUUUUUAUCCUUAAGUGGGAGAGUUGGAAGCUAUACAAUAUUUCACUAUACACUCCUUUUGGGUAUAUACAUGUUUAUUGUUUUGUACAUGUAUGGUUACCGUAAUGGUUUGAAUCAGAGGAAAAAUAUAAUUUCAGCCAAGGGUAAAAUCUAGAACCAUGGCAUAAAUUAUACUGUAUCAGUUUGUUCAGAUACACUGUAUUUGUUGAAACCCAAAAGCCUAUGUGCUAUACUCAAAUAAAACAGCUUAGGCUACAACUGUACAAUAAUAUUAAUAAUAUUAUUUAUUAAAUGCAUUUUAUUGAUUGUAACCUGUACUUGUGGUAAUAGCAUCUGAGUGUAUGUCACCUUAACUGCCAGACAGGCUGGCAUGUCUAUGGACUACUGCAGAGAUCAGACAAGAAGUAUGAUGAGGCUAUCAAGUGUUACAGAAAUGCCCUUAAGUGGGAUAAAGUGAGUGCUAACUCUUCAUGUUCUAGUUUUGAAUACAUUUCUACACUAAAUUGUCUUUUUGGUAAGACUAAGUCUACUGUACCAUUGUCCUGCAGGAAAAUAUUCAAAUUUUGAGAGAUCUAUCGCUGCUCCAAAUUCAGAUGCGUGAUCUGGAAGGCUAUAGGGUAGGUUUAACAGAAGGCUUUGUGACAGCCUUUUGCUCUGUUAUUCAAUUUUUUUGCUGGUCACAUAACAAAUGUUUAAUCUUGUAGGUUUGACGAUUUGAGACAUUCUGAAUAGGUCAAUAAAAUAAUGUCUUAUUUAUGGGCAAAUACAGUGUGCAUUUUACCUGUAGGUUUCCAAACAGUCCUUUGAAAUUCCGUAGUUUGUGUCUGAAUCUGUGAGUUACAGUUCCAACAGAAUAAUUUCAGAUAAAUGUUAUAUGGUGUAGGUUGUCUCAACUAUCGUACAAUUUGUUUUUACAGCUUCAAAAUGGUCACUUUUCAGGAUCUUUAUACUUUUAAUGCCUUGAUUAUUCUUGUUUUUCUUUUAGGAAACAAGAUACCAAUUACUCAAACUCAGGCCAGGUCAAAGAGCGUCCUGGAUAGGUUAUGCCAUCUCAUAUCAUCUUCUUAAAGAUCAUAACAUGGCAUUCACUAUUUUGGAAGAGUUCAGGAAAACUCAGAAUGUUAGUUUACUAUUCUUUGUGUUUCUUUUUUAUGUGUUGGUGUCAUGUCGUGCUGAAUAAUAAUAUUGUGGAUUGGGAUGUGGAGCUUGGUGGCUUUGUGACCAGUAUGCUUGACUCCAGAUAAAGAGGUCUGGGUUCAAGCUCUGGCUGGGGUCACUGUGUCGUAUUCUAGGGCAAUAGAGAAGAGGAGUGAUGAUGUCAUGAAAACUCAGUUUGUGAAAUUAUGGGAUUGGUUAGCACAUCCACAAUUAAGAACAAGAUGAAAAACAUUCACUUGCUAAAAAUCAGCCCUUUAGUGCAAAUUGGUGUUGGGAUACUUGUAUAAGCAACAUUAAUAUGCUUUGAUGACUCCCUACAAAUCCUUCUAAGAAUCCUUUUAGAAGGAUUUGUAUGGAGUCAUCAGAGAAAACUAGAGCUUACAUCUCCUGGGACACUAAUUUGCACCAACAGGCCGAUUUUUGGCAAGGGGCUUUUUUCAUUCUUGUCGUGAUUCUGAACAUGCUAGCCAAUCUCGUCACGUUUCUCUUCUCUGUGCACUUAAGUUUUGCAGUGCUUUACUCUGCUCAGGUGGAUGAAUGAGUACAAGCAAAUUUGAUGCUGGGGAGAGAGGUAACCCUGCAGUGGACUAGCAUUCUGUCCAGGGGCGGGGGGAAGGACAAAUCCUAGUCGCCUCAUGCUUGGGAAACUGGAAGAUAAGCUCUAGCGUAAUGGGCCAUUGGGUGCUGACUUAAACGUCGCCUUACCUUAAAUUGUUGGUGCAUGUAUACCCAAACAUUUCGGUGCAACUGAUUGUCCACUUUCAACACCUGAAUUUCUGAGACUGUUUAUCCACGGUUAGAACUGCUGUACCAGGGUUUCUUAUUGGAAUUGUGGGAUUUGGUAAUCUGGAUGGUGUGGCACAGUCCCCAUAAAAGUGAACAAUGAUGCUUUUAACUUGAAGCUUUGAUUCCUGUUUGAGCAUGCAGUUUAUUGUCAUUGUGCACUUCCAACAGAUUUCUCCUUCAAAGCUUGAUGUUGAACAUAGUGAGCUGCUGCUUUAUCAAAACAUGGUGCUCAGAGAGGCUGGGAGACCUGAAAAAGCAUUAGAACACUUGUCUGAAUACGAAGCGCAGAUGCAUGAUAAACUGGUGGUGCGGGAAAUCAAAGGUACAUUGCUCUUUACUAUAUGACACUUGUGGUUGUUGGUAUAAAUUAAUAUUUUCUGUUGUCAGUUCUUGUAGUCAAACUAUUUAAACGAUUUUCCAUAUUAAAACAUCACACUAAGGUACAUACUUAAAAUGUUGAAAUCAAAUUGAAUUCAAGAUACGUUUUGGGGGAAUGGUUUCUUUGAAGAGAAUGAAAAUUAAUUUUAUUGUAGCCUGCAAGUACAGCCAUCUCUCCCCACCCCUUACGGCUGGGGAUGUUUCCGGGAAACCUCCCACACAGCAGCGAGGGCAAAGAGAGACUGCAGCUGUAUUCACAGAAAUCUUAUCCUGAUUGGUGCCACAUUACUGCUGUAACUGUUUGACCAAGCACAGGAUCAGUGUUAUUUCAAAUACUAGAUGGCUGCGACAACUUAUAACAAUAAUUAUUGAACAAUAUUCCAUGGAUACUUAACAAGAUUGUGCAAGACAAAAAAGCCGAAAAUAGUGUAAAAUUUCUGUCUGCUAAGAAGAAAAUGCAUUUAACUACUUUAUUUUAUAUUGUUGUUCUACACAACGUAUAUGAACAUCAAACAAAAGUAGCCUUUGACUUGAUGGCUGACAGCUGCCAGAGCUCCUGUGGUAGCCAGCUUCUAAUUUAAGCACUGCUCUUCUACGUGCAUUCCAGGAUCAUUACAUCUUGAACUGAACCGCUUCAAAGACGCAGAGAAAGUUUAUAGAGAUUUACUUAGAAGAAAUCCCGAGAACAGGUUAUACUAUCAGGAACUUGAAAAGUCCCUGCAACUUGGUAAGUGAUUAAUGGAAGUCUCAUUCUUACAUGUAUGCUGUACAUGCUGCAUUGUACAUGUUUAGACUCAUUUUUGAUAAUAAUACUAAUUUAAUAAAAUGCAUGUGCACUGUGUUCUAAAGAUUUGUGGUGAAGAUUGAAAUUUGUACAAGUUAAGAUACAUGUUGUAGUAAUUUUUUAUGCUAACUUUUUUCUUUUCAUGUUGAAUAAUUCUUCUUAAUCUUGAGUUUUACAUAAUUGUAUUCAAUGAAAUGUUGAUUUUCUCUGUUGUAUUGUUCUGACUUGUUUUUAAAUUAUUGCCUUGCAGAGGAUCCUGAAGAUAGAUAUAACUUGUACAUGCAGUAUGCAGCCUCAUAUCCUAAAGCACAAGCCCCCAAGAGAAUUCCACUCACUUUCACCUCUGGUAAAUAUUGGCUUCAGUGUCUCUUUUACAUCAGUCUUAUGCAUGAUUAUUAUCAGUAACUAACUUUGAUCGUGUAAGUGAUGCUGAUCAAGCAGUGUGUUGACUGUGUGAACCAGCCUAAAUUUCUUGCACAAGUGUAUGUUUUAUAAACCUUCAAUGAACCCAUUCUUGUGAGUUUCUCUUUUGAAAAAAUAUAAGGUACUCAUGAGCCUCAAAUUUAAACAAAGAAAUUUCCCCUUGGUCAAGGUGAUUUCACAGAUUACAAAAGAAUGUAACAUGCCCUAUACUUACUACUUUUUCUUAUUUAUUUUGUUGUUGUUUUUUUUUUGUAGAUGAAACAUUUGCAAGACUAGUGGACAACUACAUGAGGCCAGCAAUUCAUAAAGGAGUGCCCCCACUUUUCAACAAUAUCAGGAAUUUAUAUUCAGAUAAAGAAAAGGUGAUUCUUAGGUCUUGUACAGCAUCAGGGUUCUGAUCAAAUUUUAAAGUAGACAGCUAGGAUGUAAAAGUAGGCAGCUUGCCAACUGAGUUUUGUAUGUAAUUUCAGGCUUUCACUGUCUCACUUUACCCUAUUUCCCAAAAAGUAGACAGCUCAAACCUCCAUGUAGCCGGUUUUUUAGCCAGCUGCCGGCACUUAAAGAGAACCCUGACAGCAUCAUUAAAUGAGUACUACUAGAAACCCCCACCGAGAAUAAUUCACCAGAAUGGUUCUUUAGGAUUUGUCUGCAAAUUUAGAGUUACCUCUAGACCUGGGUAAUAUGAGGAUAACUGAACUAAAGGGAAGCAGAAAGGCAAUGCCAUAAUAGUUCUACAGGUUUCAUUUUGAAAAGUCACUGUGCAAAUUAUUUUCAUCCAUGGACACUUAAGUUGGAGCCACUUUCCAGUGCUUAAUUUAUGUAACCCUUUAAACCCCAUGAUCAAAAUUUGAAUUCUCAUGUUACCCCUGUUUACUUCCAACAGAGGUAGUGGGGAGAAGUUGAUAAAAUAUCCUGUCUGUAAUUCUCAUGAGCACCAUGUUUUACAAAGCAUUGAUAUUACAAGGAGAAAUUUGAUGCUGGUCACUCUUAGGGUUUAACGGUUAAGUACAUAUCUUUCACAGCAGGACAUACAAUGAUGUAAUUCACUUUAAAAGGCUGUUGAUAAGAUUUCAGGUUACUGGUGAUUUGAAAUUAGUAGGCAGGGAAUUGAACAAAAACUACUAGGAAGUCAUUUUGGUUCUAUUUUCCAUGAAUUUUGUUUCCUAAAAAAGCACCCAGGGAUCAAGCUAAAGGUAGCUUGAGGAAAGCCCUGGCACCCAGCCCUUAUUGGCAGCUCUGCUUUACAUGUAAAUUUGUAUGGUUGUAAAUUGAAUUUCAUAAUCACACAAGUUUGCCUUUGCUUCUUAUUCUUCUCAGGCGAAGGUGGUUGAAAAUGUUGCUCUAGGUUACCUGGCCAGCUUGAACACUUUUCAAACUUUGACAGGCAAAGGUUAGUUCUGUAUGCAGACUUGGCAAGUCUCAUGACUUUGUUGUGAGUCUCAUGAUUUCAUGACCUAUCUCAUGCUCUUCCAAGUUGGCAACUGAUUUCUCACACUUCCUUGAAAAGUCAAAGUCCAAAAAAAAAAAUUGGAGAUGUAGGGUUUGUUUCCAAGUUAGAUAUCGAUAGAUAGCCAGUUCAAUACAAAGAAAACCUUUAGCAUUUGCGUUUUGUUAGCCUACCAGACUUACUGUUUCUCAUGUUUCGAGAUGGCCGCCAACAAAACAGAGGAAUCACGAGACCUAAAUUGUAAAAUUGAUCAUGAUGUUUACAGCCCCAGCUUUAAAGUGAUUUGUGACUUCUAAUACCCAUAAUCCCAGCUACUUGUCACAUCAAGUACAAGGGCUACGUUGUAUUCCUAAUUCGGUAAUAUUUAAUAUGCAUAAUUACAUCCUAGGUGGUGAACUUGAACCUCCAACGGCCAUUUUGUGGGUGUAUCACUUUCUUGCUCAACAUUUUGAUUAUCUGCGGGACAGCAAGAGGGCUAUGGAGUAUAUAAACAAGGCUCUGGAACACACUCCCACUCUUAUCGAGGCUUACAUGGUGAAAGCCAGGAUUUACAAGGUAUUGACAUUUUUUCCAGCUUACAAUGUACCUAAAAGACUGGUCGAGCCAGAACUGCAACUGCGAGCGACUCAUAACCAUGGCAACCCUGUGAGUGGCAUCCGCGCGGGCAAUGUCACACUGCUAAUAACCAGUGGACAAGCCUGUAAUACUAACCAUAGACUUACCAAUGGGAGGGCAAAACAUGCUCAGAAGCACAAGCAACGAGAAGCAACAUCGACAUAAUUGCCUGACCUCAGAUGAAAAGUAGUGAGGCCGUAAGUGUACCCCCCCCCCAAAAAAAAAAAAUCACACACAAGAGACUGGUGAUCAGCAUUGUCUCAAGUUUAACUUAGCGUUAAUUUUAUUUAGCCACAUUGAAUGAGGAGGCUUUAUUUAUCUAUCAUUAUUAUUAUUAUUAUUUUGUUUAAUUUUUUUUACAGCAUGGUGGUGAUAUGGAGAGAGCAGCACAGUGUAUGGAUGAAGCUCGCUGUCUCGACACAGCUGAUAGAUAUGUCAAUUGCAAAUGCGCCAAGUACCAGCUUCGAGCCAAUCAAGUUCAAAAGGCCGAGGAGACCUGUGGCUUGUUUACAAGGGUAUGUUUACAUCUGCAAUGCUCGACUUUUUCAACGUUAUUCUAUUAACUUGGCAAAGCUGAAGAGACUUUCAGGUUGUCAUUUUACUUGUCUGUUAUUUCAGGAAGGAGUCGGGGCAGCUGACAACCUCAAUGAGAUGCAGUGUAUGUGGUUCCAAACAGAGAGUGGCUAUGCUUUUCAGAGACUUGGAAAACUGGGAGAUGCUCUAAAGAAAGCUCAUGAGAUUGAAAGACAUUUUGAUGAGAUAACGGAGGACCAGUUUGACUUCCAUACCUAUUGCAUGAGAAAAAUGACAUUAAGAGCUUACGUCAGGUAGGUGUAAGUCUUGUGGUUAGGGUCAGGGUUAGUUCCCUAUUCAUUAGAAUGGUAACACUUUGGUGAUUGUGUUACUCUUGUCACACAACCAUUCCCUCCCAUGGAGAGUGGGAAAUUUAAAACACUGACAUAAUUAUGGUCCUGCGUAUUACACUCCAUCAUUGGAGCUCAACAUUGUGUAUAUAAAAAAUUUGUGCUUUUCUGAUGAAAUCUGACAGAAGCCACAUUUGAUGGCCAGACACAUAAAAUGCAGUGUACUGGAGACUGUCAUUAAUUUUUGCAGCUAAGGAUUUGUACCAUUGUAGUAUUAUUCUGUGCGUAGAAGGAUUUCAUUCCAAACUGAAGAUGACCUGUUUCUGUAAUAGCUGCAAAAAUAGGUGAAAUAUAAGGGCAAAGCAGUUAUGUCUUAGUCAAAAGGAAAUCAAACCUAGAUUUGAGUGCCAAACAUAGGUUUGGACCUUAAAACUGGAUUUGUUCAAACUUAGAGCUCCACACCACUAGACUUGUGGUCAGCUAUUUCUCACAUUGGCCAACUAAGAGAUGCCUCAGUAAUUGAUUUCUUUUGUUUGAAUAUUAUUUAAUCUAUCACCUAGGAAAAUCCAUACCCACAGCUCAUUUGGUUUUUGUAUUACAGAUUACUCCGACUUGAGGAUGUUCUCCGGAGUCAUAGGUUUUACUUCAAAGCUGCAAAAAUGGCCAUAGAAGUAUGGGCUCUAUUGCUGUUUUAAGUUUGUAUUAUUCUUCUGUGUUUCCAUCUACAUGUAUUUUGAUAACAAAUGAACACAACAAAUCUGCCAAUUUAGAGACUGGAGUGAAAAGGAAAUUUGUCUUUCUCUAUGAAAAUGUAAUAAAUUGAAGAACUUAGUGUUCACGUUUUGUGAUGAUUAGAUGUAUCUCUUAUUUUAGUGUUAUGUACGCCUACAUGACAAGCCUUUGACAGCUAAUGAUGAAGAUGCUGAGGCUGGAUCCAGUGAGCUGUCAGCGAAAGACCUGAAAAAACUUCGAAGUAAGCAAAGAAGGGCUGAGAAAAAAGCUCAAGAAAUAAAGAAAGGUAUGAUUAAGUUUUUGUAGGUUGCUGCGUGGCAUCUGUAGUCAUGGACUUAAGUCCUUGAGACAGUGAUGCAAUAAUAAAUUAUUUGCAAUUUCCUGUAAUCUCUUGAUGCUUUACAAAGGAUUGCAAAUGUUUUGCAAAUCCCUUGCAUUCUCCUCUUCCCACCCCACCCUACAUACAAAAUGGCUUAACACUGCAGUUACACCUGUAGAUGGGUGGAGGGAGAGUGCCUGGCCAAACUGAGGGAGCGGUAAGGGAGCACACGAGGUCACCAUGACAACCGUGUGAGCAGCAAUCACCAGGCAUAGUGACACAGGGAGAGUGGAGAGUUUCAUAGAUUCUUAUCAAGGCGCAUCCAGAGGGAGGGAGGGAGGGCUGGAAUCAAAACGGUUAAAAUACCUGCAUGCGUACGGCAACGUUAGCGUAAUGAAUUAACCUACGCGAUAGUGCCGUAAAAUGAUCACUGGUGUAGUGCAAGUGCCCAGGACUGCCAAACAUACAUACAAUAAGUGACAGAGACUGCUGGUUCGGUUUGGCACAUGAAAGGUACGGCAUCUGAACCAGGCCUAAGUGAUUUAUGUUAAAAGUUGAAAAAACCGUGGAAGGGUCUAUUACAAUUAGCUGCCUGAAAUUUAGGAAAAAUUGUGGAUUGACGGGCUCAACGUUGUAUGUCACAUUGUGGGGUGGUAAGUGCACUUAAACACAGCGCAACAAAUGCAAACUUGUCCCAAGAGUUUGUUUGGAUUUUAGUUUUCAUAAACUAUCAAGGUAGCCGCACCCCAGUUUCUAAAGAAAAAGUCUGCUUUUUGUCCAUAAGAUUGUUGCAGUGUAUUUCUUCUUUUUUCUCCCUUAGCAAACACUGAAGUAAAAGAAAACAAAGAAAGUGAGAAGAAAGCUGAUCCAUUCAAAGAACCUCCUUUGGAGUCUGAAGCGUUGAGCAGGGUGAGAUACUUUAUAGACUCUUGUUGUAUAAAUCGUCAAGCCCCAGUGGUGACAAGUAUCAAAUUAAUUCUCCUCACAGCAUCAGGGUAUAAUCAAGCAAAAAAGUCAUGAGAUUUAAGACGUUGAUCUUCCAAAAUCUAUUACGUUGUUCUUUUGGCGUCUUCUCCAAACCAAUGCCAUGCCGAGAAAUGUAAGGAGAUCAGUUGAAAGAAUUUUUUGGGCUAAUAGGUUUAGGUGAAGAGGUCAUCACCCUAGUGUGUCCAACUCUCGUGAAAUCGUGCGAGGCCUGGGGUCACAGCGUAUUUAGAAUUUCUGAUUUAUCUUUGGCAACGAAAACUCAGCCAGUCAGAGCAGGUUUAAGGGUUUGAAUUUCCCGUAAUGGUAGAUGUCAUGAGUUCAGCGAUUAGAUUAGCUUGAUGAAGAGUAAUAGGUGGUGAGGGGGGAAAAAGGAACGAAAGAAAAAAAGAUCUUUCAUUUUUAGGUUUCUGAAAUUGCCCACCUACCCCUCCAUUAACUCAACGUAAACAGGUACUGCUCAAUUGGGCAAAAUGUUGAGUUUGGGGAGGGGUAGGUUUUCAGUUUCCUAGAAGAUUUCAGCACAAUUUAUGUUUUGCAAGUUUGCAAAUGUGUUGUUUUUUGUAUUGUUAUCUUCUUUGCAGGUUUCAGAUCCCCUUGACCAAGCUCUCAAGUUCUUGCGCCCGCUACAAAACCUAGCGUCAAAUAGAAUAGAAACGCAUUUGCUGGCAUACGAAGUCUUCAUUAGGAGAAGUACGUAUAUUAAAACCCAUUAAUACAAAUACACUCUGACUUGUGACGUUUUCACCGAGCCAUCGUCGUCGAACUUGCUAAGCUCCCUGAAGCCCACAUAACAAAGGAAAUAAGAGAUGUCUGCACGCAGUCUUUAAUUUCUGGUUCAUUUUCUUUUCAGGCAAACUUCUUUUGAUGCUUCAGUCUGUUAAGCGGGCCCACGCCAUCGACCCAAAUCAUCCUCACUUGCACGAACAUCUGAUUAAGCUAGCGGUCAAAGGUUGGUAAAUCUCUUGAGGUCUACUCUCUUUCUUACUUUGUUGCUACUUUGACUUGCAAGAACUUCCUGCAACACGAAACAGGAGCGGAGAGGGUGAAAAGAUCCUACAAUCUGCGUCAAAAGUAGUUAACGUGCUUGUCUAAAACGCGCGCAAUUUCGUUCGUCAUAAAAUUUUGUUUAAAAUUUGUAAACCCCCCCCUCCUCAAUAAAUGUUGUUUGUAGUUGAAGAAAGACUUGAGGGUUUAAACAUACAACAUUAGUUUGAGGGAGGGGGGGUACACAAGGGGAGGGGAUAGAUAAUUAUGUUCAUUAUGCAAAAAAGGGUUGUUUUACGAAAAUGUCUCAACACUUUUGUCCCUCAUUACAGGGUAUUGUAGUUUUUACACAAAAUCUGAAUUGUUGCAAUUUUCACAGUGGUUACUUAUGAAUUAACUUACAGCAGCAUCUUGUAUAUAUAUAUAUAUUUUUUUGGUAUUGCAGUUUAAUAUAUUCUGUGUAGAUUCUUUCUGCUUCAAAUUUUUGGCCAGUUACACAACAUAAGUACGUGUUUAUGACAGCUUUUUUUAUUAUUAUUUUUAGUUUCUGUUUCUAAGGACUUGAAAGUUCCAGUGUCAACAGUAAUAGAACGUGAACUCCAAAAAUUACUUGGCAACAAAGAUCUUAAACAGUUCAACUCGGAUUUCCUGGAACGACAUUCGAGGUCUUUACUCCACAGGCUUUCAGGUAAUGAUCAUAUGUUUGUUUGUCACUUCUUACUGUUUUCUGAUUUAUCGAGCUUCGAAACCCGAGGUUUCCCCCAGCGGUUUAUGACGUAUGUGACGCAGACUUGAUCAGGCUUGAUUCAUUGGUAUAAUUAGGGAUGCAACAGGACACCGAACCAUCCAUGAACCGCGAUGGUUCUUCCAAUGUUACAAAUAUCAAUAUUUGAACAACCAAUCAACUCCAGCCUAGCGUGCUUUUUGUCUUAUUCAACGUGGCGGACACGAUGGCGAACAAACCAUCGCGCACCUAUUUGUUACUUGUCAGCUGUACAGUAUUGUGCGUCCGCCACAAGCAGAACAAGCAAAUUACGUGGUCGCCACAGUUUAGUUAGUUAGAUGAGUUGUUAGUUAGUUGGUCGGUAAAUAGUCUUAUCACAGUAAUGUAUCGUAUCGUGCAUCGUGUCGGUGCCAUUUUAUCGCGAACAGUAUCGUAUCGCAAGAAUUGCAUCAAUUUACAUCGUUGCAGCCCUAGGUAUAACGCAAAUUAAAAUUUUGGCUCUCUUGUUUGUAGGGAGUAAAAUGAUGUGUUUGUUGGAUGCUUCAAAAGUCGAUGAUGCGCUGGCGCUAGUUACAGAUUUAUCGGACAACCUCGAAGACAGGACAUUAGAGGUUAGACUACAUGAAGGUUCUUCUGUUAAUUGACAAAUCAUUGCAGGUGCCGCGGUAACGAACACUUACUCUACCAGAGGGGGGGAGGGGAAGGGUGUAUUGGAAAGAUGCGGGUAAGGGGAAAGGAGUGCAUAUGCGUUAUUAGUAAAAUCCAACUGGUGGUCUAUUACCAAUGCUGCGUUCCGAUUGGUUGAGCUACUACUAGGCUAUAUGUUAUAGCCCACUCGUAGCGAAAAGCGCCGGCUUUGAAAACCGAAACAAUGGCGGCUGAAUCGCGUUUUGCUAGCUAAAGUUGUUUUGUCUCGAUAUUUUUCACCAACUCGUUGGAUUUUACUAAAACAAUUAUCCCUCUCGCCCUCAUGGCUUUUGAGUCAAUAGAGGGAAAACAAGAAGAGAAGCUAUCGACUCAGAGCCCAUUCGGGCUCUAGGAAUAAUUGUCAAUUAUUCGAGCACCGUUGUUUGCACUUUAAAUCAAUGGGAAUACCAAUUUCUCCUUGUUUUUUCGGCUCCUAAAAUUCAAAUUUAAAUUUACAAAAGAGGUUAAUGAUAAACUGGAAAACAUGAAAUUUUCUCGAUCUCCUGGUAACACUUAACAGAGCAUCAAUUCUUCACAGGUCCCUAACCUAUUCUUAUCGUCCUUAGAACUGCACAUUGAUCUACAACACUCUGUUAGAAGGUACGUUCGGAGAGUGCAGCGAUUUGACAAAGGAAUACUUUCUCAAAUGCCGCUCUCUUUUUCCAUUGGCCACUGUUUUUGCGAAAGAUGAUGGAGCUGUUGGUAACGUGAAUGGUGUGGAGGGAGCGCAGUCUAAUCCUAAUGAGCCGCUAUGUGACGGAGUAGCUUGAGAGAGUUGAGGAAAAAAGAGGGGGAAAUGAAAUUUUACCUAGCCAUACUGAACGAUCUUUUAAUUUGUGGAGAGCACGAUGCAGAGAUGCUGUGGAUCUUAGAGCGAACCGUGUUUCAGGAUUUUUUAAUGCUUAUCGUGGAGUCUCCAUGGUAAAUUCGUCGGGCACGGAAAAAAUACCCGACUAUGGACAACGUAGGAAACUUCCUCGAAAGUCUCAACAGAAGCUGACGUUUCGACGAAAAAUCAAUAGAAGCAAUCUGCAAAAUUCGCUGGCGUGAGACAAUUAUUGUGGAUUUACUGAGCACUGCUACUGGAACGUUUUUGCAGAUUGAGCUUGGAUGUUGGCAGAUGACUAUGUAACUAUAGACGAUUCACCUACUAAAAGGCCAGGAAUUUGUUUUCAGUAAAUCACAGUACGGUGUAUUUUGAAAUAAUAAAUAUUAAUUCAUGAGAAAGCCACGUUGAAAUAUUGAAUCUUCACUUUAAACGCAAAGCUGGAGUUUAUAAACGUAAGCUUUUAUGUCGCAAGUUAUGCCAGCUUGUAAUAUGCAUUGAAAGAGCUCCUGUAAUGUCUUCUAACAAUCGUCAGGUCGAUUCAUUUCCAACAAUCGUCAGAAACUUCGAUACUUUCAAAACCCAGGGUUUUCAUUUUUCAGAUUUGCUUAAAAAUUUUGUUUCAAUUCUUUUUGUCUACAAGUUGAUAAUUGGAAGCUCUGAAAAUAACAGAGAAAAUUAUCCGAGAAAAAUGCUUUUGAACACAAGAAAAAGAAACCGGUGUUAAAUUUAACCCCGGGUUAAGCGCUAAUCAGCUUUCGAACAACUGGGCCCUGGGCUAUUAUUUUUAAGGUACUGCUCGCCAGAGGGUUAGUGGACUUAGGUGGCUUCGGUCUAUAGAAGUAAACCACCAUGUCGUCUUAGUAAAAGGAAGCAAAGGGCACAUCAGUCGUGUGCCACAGUCCGUCACAUCGCUGAAUUCUGUGACGGACGUUAAACAGGCCACGCUACUUUCAAUCUGUUUACAAAGCUUGAACGUGUUUUCAAUAGAGAGAAGUCGUUACGUCGCGUUGCCAGGGUGGUAAAAUUUCUGGAUGACAACAGACCAAAAACGUCACUUAAAAAGUGAAUUCACACUGUUUCAAAAUUCAUCGAUCUUAUUCAAUUUCAUUUAAUUUGUCAAAUGUUGGCGAAAUUUUCUGGGGUUGAAUCCGAAAGGAUCGUAUCUAAGUUUAGAAAAAGAAGAAGAAAAUUUUGUGUUGUGUUCAUCUACUCCAUAAAGCGGACGCGUGAAAUUAGAAGUUUCAUGUCGCAGUCGUGCAACGACGGCUAAAAUAAUGUACAAAAAAGCGUGAUGCACGUGCAAAAUUAUUGUUUUGCUAAUCUAUGGUAGGUGGGGUAACUCACCUGUCCAUAUAAUCUCUCAUUUUAAUUUGAUCACGUUUACAUGAUAGGCGGGGUGACCCGCCGCGAGUUACCUUACCUACCUGGGGUCCCCCACGUUCAUGUAAACAGGCUCCAAACCUAUUGGGGUUUUUAACCAUUCUCGCUGGCGUCGCCAUCCUCGUUGCUUAAGCUCCCUAUUGUUGUGAUCC